CUAUUUACUCACUGACUCCUUGGAAGAGAAAAACCACAAUUUUGUGGUGGCAAUUUAUUUCAGUCAUUAUAACGGUGGUUUAGUGACUACAUAAGUCAGAAGGAUAUAGCAUUCCCGUAUACUUAAGUACCUAAAUAUCGAUGAGAAACAUGCGGCCUGUGUUCUCAGGGUGCAUAAUUCUGGUUGUCUCCUCAGCUGUUGGAGCAACUUUGUCUGACCAAUAUCUGAACGGAACUAGAAGGUUCCCAGAAAUAAAACCCGGCCAAAAAUGCGUUAAAGGGCAAAUAUACAGGAUGGAUUGUAACACCUGCCAGUGCGGUGAACGAUCAACCCUACUCUGCACUAAAAUGGGUUGCCUUUUGAAAACUGACGGACGGAGGGCGGAGCAAAAAGGGUGUAUCCCGGGAAAGCUGUAUAAGAAAGAUUGCCAGAAAUGCUUCUGUACGGAUAAAGGGAAGGUGAAGUGUAGCAUGAAGGAUUGCAAGUUGGCUGAUAAACCGUAUACCAACCCUGAACACAUAAAGCCUCACACCACGGCGGAGUUCUACAAGCUCCCCUCCCUCCCCCACACGGGGAUGGCGUGCACCCCCGGCGUGAUGUACCGCAUCGACUGCAACAGCUGUUUCUGUCUGGAGAGCGCCAACCUCAUGUGUCAACACCUGCUGUGUCCGAGCUAUGACGAUGUGUACAAGUUGAAGGCUAAGGAGAUGACGGGAAAACCUUGCGAAGCCAACACUACAACUACAGACUGCCUCGAAUGCGAAUGCAAGGCCGGCAAAUAUAAAUGCGAGCCCAAGCCCAAUUGCAGGCACACGGACGGACGGAGGAUGCUACACGGGGAAUAUCCGUCCAAACACGACAGGAACUUUAUAGAUCCAGACCGCAUGAAGGAGAAGUGUCAAUCUGGCAUGGUGUAUAAGGUCCACUGCAACAAAUGCUACUGCCAGGAUGACGGCUCUCUCCGUUGCACACAGAAAACAUGCCUGAACCACGCAGAGGUGGAGAAAUUGAAGAAACUCCGCUUGAAACUCGACAAGGAGGACCCGGAAGAUUAAGACGACACGUACCUAUAAUGGCGGCACGUUAAAUAUAGAUACCCGUUAACCAAGGCAGAGCAAUUUAGCCUUUAUUACCUGUCAGAUAAGAUGCAAGUUUCUAAAAUUAGGCAAGCUCUAAAGCUUCUAACUAAUCUAGACUAGACUAAUCUAGUUUUAUACGGUGUACGGUAGAUCUACCUUUUUGUCUGAUUUAGCUGCGCCGCUACUGACAUAUACUGGUAUACAAAUAUGUAUUGACGUAGUACCGCGUUAUGGUUUUUUUAACGACGAUGUGCAUACAGAACGAUUUAAUUAAAAGAGAAUAGAAACUAUUAGCGUAAGCAAGCAAUGAAUUAAAGGAUUCAACAAAAAUAA